CCAGGCCCAGGCGAGCUCCAUCACCUCACAAAAGCCAAGCCUCGGCAGCGGCGGAGCCCUGGACAGCGGCGCGCUUCGUCGUGGUCUCGUCCCCUCAGCGGGUUCCCUGCCAAGGCCUCAGACCAAGGCCCGACUCUGUCCCGGAGAGAGCCAAGCCGGCAACCAACCGAGCCGUGGCCGCUUCUGACAUUUCCUGCUUCGCCCACUCCCUCCCCGUCAUCGCCGAGUCAUGGCUCCUCCUCGUGAGGAAGCCUGGGUAACAGGGGGGGAAAGAGGCCGGUGGAAUUUUUCUUGCUUGCAAAAUAGGAGUCGAUUGCACCUUUAAGACCCACUCAGUUUUAUUCAGAACGUAAGCUGUCGUGCGCAUGCACACUUCUUCAGACGAGCGGCGUUUGCAUUUAUUGGGACUACAACGCCCAGAAGCCCUCGCGACAGACCGGUUUCGGCCCUGGGCGAGUUUUUCCUUUUGCGCGGUGGCACUACAGCUCCCAGGGAUCAUUGCGAGAGUGGAAAGAACGUUACCCCGGGCGGGCUGGGCGCGCGAGUGCUUGCUGGCGGCUUCGAGAAGCUGUUGCCGGAUUGCUAGAUCGGGAGCUGCGAGUAACGAGAGAGGCAAAGGCGUUUGAGAGAGAAACCGGCUCUCGAUGCAUCAUCCCGCUAGAGAGCCAUGCAAAGGAGACAUCUCCAGGAAAUUCCAGAUUUGGGCAGCAACAUCACCACUAGCUUCACAUGGGCAUGGGAUUCCAGCAAGACAUCGGAGCUGCUCUUGGGCAUGGGCGUGUCCGUCCUUAACGAUAAGCUAGCCAAUGAGAAUACCCCCCAGGAGCAGCUGAUGUGCAUGAGCCCACCCCCCAAACUACAGAAAGUGAAGGACAAGGAAUUUGUGAUUGCCCGCAGACCAAGGCUACUUCGAGAAGGAGCACCAGGUGUUUCUUGGGAUACCCUGCCUGACGAAUUGUUGUUGGGGAUCUUCUCCUACUUAUCCUUAGCGGAUCUGCGAAAAGUUUCCCAGGUUUGCCAGCGAUGGCAAAGACUUUCAAUGGAUGACUCACUCUGGAAAUCUGUCGAUCUCACAGGGAAAAAUGUGCUGCCAGGAGUGAUUGGUCAGUUGCUACCCUUGGGUGUCAUUGCCUUCCGUUGUCCCAGGUCCUGCAUUGGGAAUCCCCUGUUCAAAACAAGCAGACUACUUCAUGUGCAACAUAUGGAUCUGUCCAGUUGUAUGAUCCAAGUCGGAGACCUCGAGAGCAUUCUUGAUCGGUGUCAGAGCCUACGGAAUCUCAGCUUGGAAGAGCUCAGACUUUCCAGCAGCAUUGUUAGAAAAAUAGCACAGAACCCCAGCUUGAUACGAUUAAACCUCUCUGGAUGCUCUGGAUUCUCUGCGGAAAGUUUGGAAACAAUGUUGAACAGCUGUUCCAGGCUUGAAGAGCUGAAUUUGGCUUGGUGCGACUUUACUGUUGCUCAUGUAAGAACAGCGGUGAGCCAUAUUCCUUCUGCUGUGACACAGCUAAACUUUAGUGGAUACAGACAGAAUUUACUGAUGUCAGAUGUUAAAACAUUACUAGAGAGGUGUCGCAAUCUAGUACAUUUAGAUUUAAGCGACAGUGUUAUGUUGAAACCUGAAUGCCUUCAGUACUUCUGCCAUCUCGCUUACCUGGAACAUUUGUCUCUUAGUCGAUGCUACCAGAUACCUCCUGCAACCUUACUUGAACUUGGUGAAAUUGCUACACUCAAAACACUCCAGGUUUUUGGAAUAGUGACUGCUCCCUCUCUCCAGCUCCUAAAGGCAACACUUCCUCAUUUAAAGAUCAACUCUUCCCAUUUUACAACUAUUGCAAGGCCCACCACUGGUUAUAAAAAGAACCCAGAAAUGUGGGGAAUCCAGUGCAGACUGAAUUUAAGAAAUCCAGCAGUUUGUUAAUGCAGCAUCUAAAGCUUUCAGAAGUCAGCAACAGAUGUCAGUUCUUCACAGCCCCAGACUAUGGAGUUCUUGAAAAGUUGGUUCUGUUCUGCUUUACUCCUUACCUUGUAAUGCAGUCCCUAACUACUUUAACUGACUUAAUCCUAUUGAUUUCCCUGUUUUAUGUGCAAGCAAACUAUUUUCAGUAAUUUAUGAAACCAUUAAUUUUUCAGAUAUAUUUUCUACUAAACUUGAAAUCCAUCGGACAUGCUAAUCACAUAAAAAUACCUAAUAAAAUAAGGCACAGCCACACCCUGCCCCUGGAAACUGUUUUUAGAUCCUGAUUCUUACAGGAUAAUUUUUUAAAAAAUUAAAGUCUCCAUGUUUUUAUA